AUGGGUCUCCGACUCGUCGCUCUCCUGGCCGCCGCCGCAUCCCUCGGCCGUGCCGAGAUGCCCAGCAAGGUCCGCCGGCAGGAUGCUCCUACGGGCGCUGAGGCAUGGGCUGCUGCACACUCGUCGGCGGCGGCCUCAUUGGCCAAGAUGUCGCUGCAAGACAAGGUCAGCGUGGUCAGCGGUAUCGGCUGGGACAAAGGCCCUUGUGUCGGCAACACGGCCCCGGUCAGCUCAAUCAACUACCCGCAAAUCUGCCUGCAAGACGGGCCCCUUGGGAUCCGUUUUGGCACUGGCAGCACAGCGUUCACGCCGGGUAUCCAGGCCGCGGCGACGUGGGAUAUCGACCUCCUCCGUCAGCGUGGCCAGUUCCUGGGCGAGGAGGCCAAGGGAUGCGGCAUCCACGUCAACCUGGGCCCCGUGGGCGGCGCGCUGGGCAAGAUUCCAGAGGGGGGGCGCAACUGGGAGGGUUUCGGCGUGGACCCGUACCUGUCGGGGAUUGCCAUGAGCGAGACCAUUGAGGGCAUCCAGUCGUCGGGUGUGCAGGCCUGCGCGAAGCACUACAUCCUCAACGAGCAGGAGCUCAACCGCGAGACGAUCGACAACAAGGUGGACGACCGUACGAUUCACGAGCUGUACCUGUGGCCGUUCGCGGACGCGGUGCACUCCAACGUGGCCAGCGCCAUGUGCAGCUACAACAAGAUCGACGGCGACUGGUCGUGCGAGAACGAUCACACGCUCAACCAGCUGCUGAAGAAGGAGCUCGGAUUCCCGGGCUACGUGGUCAGCGACUGGAACGCGCAACACACGACAAACGGGGCAGCCAACAACGGCAUGGACAUGACGAUGCCGGGCAGUGACUACGACGGCAACAACGUGCUAUGGGGUCCGCAGCUGACCAGCGCGGUCAACAGCAACGCGGUGUCGCAGGACCGCCUAGACGACAUGGUACAGCGUGUGCUGGCCGCGUGGUACCUGCUCGGCCAAGACUCUGGGUACCCGGAAAUCAACAUCAAGGCCAACGUACAGGGCACCCACAAGGAGAACGUGCGGGCCGUGGCGCGCGACGGCAUCGUGCUGCUUAAGAACGACGACGCCGUGCUGCCGCUGCAGAAGCCCGGCAAGGUGGCCCUCGUCGGCUCGGCCGCGGUGGUCAACCCGCAGGGCAUGAACGCCUGCACCGACAAGGGCUGCAACACCGGCGCCCUCGGCAUGGGCUGGGGCUCGGGAUCGGUCGAAUACCCGUACUUUGUGGCGCCUUAUGAUGCGAUCAAGGAGCGUGCCAGCGCCGAUGGCACCACGCUCUCGCUGCAGGACAACGACGAAACCAGCGGCGUGAGCAACACCGUCUCGGACGCCGACGUGGCCAUCGUUUUCGUCACCUCAGACUCGGGCGAGGGCUACAUCGAGGUUGAGGGCAACGGGGGCGACCGCAACAACCUGGACCCGUGGCACAACGGCAACGCGCUGGUCAAGGCCGUGGCCGCGGCGAACAAGAACACCAUCGUGGUCGUCCAGAGCGUCGGCCCGUUGAUUCUCGAGGAGAUCCUGGCCAACGAGGGCGUCAAGGCCGUCGUCUGGGCGGGUCUGGGCAGCCAGGAGAACGGUAACGCGCUGGUGGACAUUUUGUACGGUGAGACCUCGCCGUCGGGCAAGCUGGUCUUCACUAUUGCCAAGAGCUCCGACGACUACGGCUCGGCCGUGUCUCAGGGCUCGGAUAGCUACAGUGAGGGUCUGUACAUUGACUACCGUCACUUUGACCACGCGGACAUUGAGCCACGCUACGAGUUUGGUUUUGGCCUGUCCUACACCAACUUCACCUACGCGGACAUCACCGUCGACUCGACCGCUGCGGCUGGUCCCGCUACCGGCGACAUCAUCCCCGGUGGCGCUGCCGACCUCUGGGAGACCGUCGCAACCGUCACCGCCAGCAUCACCAACUCGGGCUCCGUCGCCGGCGCUGAGGUCGCCCAGCUGUACCUGACGCUCCCGUCCUCGGCCCCCGAGGCCCCGCCCAAGCAACUCCGUGGGUUCACCAAGCUGCCGCUGGAGGCCGGCGAGGCGGGCACUGCGACCUUCAACCUGCGCCGCAGGGACAUCAGCUACUGGGACACUGACAAGGGGCAGUGGGUGGUACCUGCGGGCGAGUUCGGUAUCUCGGUGGGUGCCAGCUCGCGGGAUAUUCGGUUGACCGGGACGUUUACCGUUUAA